GUAUUGUUGUCGUCUCUUCCUGUUUGGUGUUGCCUAGUUGUCAGAAGCAUGUUGGUCACGCAACAACACUAUUGUGAGCUUGAAGUCAAGCUACGCAGACAGAGAAGGCACUCACAACCUGCUGGAGAGGAGUGACAGUGGACAUUUGACUGAAGGGCUCUCUCACCACAGCUGUGUCACUGUCCUGUGAGUCACUGUAAGCCCAGCCAGAGAAGCUGACAUGGCACUUAUAGCCCCAGGCAGGAGGAACUGCAUGUUGUGACUGUUAUUGUGAGGUUCAGUCCAAGGAACCCGGCGACAGCAUCUGUCUCUUUACCUGGAGAGUGCAUGUGGAGGAAACAGACAGCAGCUGCACAGUGGGAUGGCAUCGUCAGAGGACAAUUUGAGCACCUGGAGCUGUAAGCGGGUGGCCCGUUGGCUGAGGGAAGAAGGCUUUGGGGAGUAUGUGGAGUUAUUAUGUACCCAGCACCGCCUGGACGGCCUCAGCCUGCUGGCUCUGACUGAGGCUGACCUGCGCAGCCCUCCGCUGGGCCUCAGCGUGCUGGGAGACAUCAAGAGGUUGGCCUUAGCCCUGCGGCGGCUCCAGAGACAGAACCAGGCCCAGCUGGAGGAGCUGGGACUCAGGCCCACAGACUGCCUGCCUGCUACUCUGGGGGCUGCAGGACCCGAGUGGGGCUAUAAUGCAGUUGAUGGGAGAUGUAACGGAGGUGACCGCUUGUGUAAUGGAGCUGAGCUGCGCCUGAGGGACAGUAACAGAUCAGGAUAUAGAUCAGGAGGGCAGCUGUGUCAUACACACUCCAACGGAAAGUGUAGGCAGCACCUGGCUGGCCGGCUGGACCCAGAGGUCUGGAAGACGGUCAUCAGUGCCAUCUAUGUCAUGUUUGUGUUUGGAUUCACAUCAUUUGUCAUGGUCCUGGUUCAUGAACGUGUCCCAGACAUGAGGACUUACCCACCGCUGCCUGACAUAUUUUUGGACAGUGUUCCCAGAAUCCCUUGGGCUUUUGCAAUGGCUGAGGCUUGUGGCCUGAUCCUGUGUUACAUCUUUCUGUUGAUCGUGCUCCUUCACAAACACAGGUCCAUCUUAUUCAGGCGAUUGUGCUCUUUGAUGGGUACAGUGUUUUUGCUUCGUUGCUUCACCAUGUUUGUCACCUCCCUCUCUGUGCCUGGACAGCAUCUGCAGUGUUCUAGCAAGAUGUAUGGUGAUACCUGGGGGAAGAUACAGAGGGCGCUAGCGAUCUGGAGUGGCUUCGGCAUGACUUUGACCGGCGUCCACACAUGUGGAGACUACAUGUUCAGCGGCCACACUGUAGUCCUCACUAUGCUCAACUUUUUUGUCACAGAAUACACUCCACGAAGCUGGAACCUGAUUCACACCAUUUCCUGGGUGUUGAACUUGUUCGGGAUCUUCUUCAUCCUGGCAGCUCAUGAACACUAUUCCAUCGACGUGUUCAUAGCCUUCUACAUCACCACGCGCCUGUUCCUCUACUACCACACCUUAGCAAACACCCGUGCCUACCAGCAGAGUCGGCGGGCACGCAUAUGGUUUCCCAUGUUCUCUUUCUUUGAGUGCAAUGUGAACGGACCAGUGCCAAACCAGUACCACUGGCCUUUCAGCAGACCUGCUUUUAUGAAGACUUUGAUAGGGUAGAUUAAUUUUGAAAGACAGAAUAUGUAGUGAUUGUAAAGGUCGAUGUGUGAGUGGUGAAUGAGAGGGCUUUUCAUUUGACUCGGUUCUAAGUUUAUCAGCUGGGUUUUUUGGGGGGGAAUUUGUUUAAACAGUUGAUCUAUACCUUGUCAGCUAAUCCUCUUUGAUUUUAUAUGUUAUGAACGCUGCUUACUAAAAGUUAUAUGUGUUUUUUUAUGAGGCCUAAGAGCUGCUGGUACAGAAUAUCCUGCCUACAGGGUCAAAGGGGUUCAGAGACAUAUUUGCCUUUGAAUUAUCAGGUUUGUUUUUAUUAAUGUCCCACUUUGUUAAUGUUCAAGUUUUCUAAUGGUUUGGGUCUUACAAUUUCAUAAACUAAAAGGUCUUCACCACACUGUGAUGCAGUUUAGCUCGAUUGCUGUCACUUUUCAGGGUUUUUAUGGUGACGGUUCAGAAAUGAUGUUUGUCUGCAAAAAAGACACUUAAUACCUUUUGACCAAACUUCUACCAAAGGAAUGAUUAAUGGUUCAAGACACUUUUUGUUGUGUCUACUUAAGAGUUGAGUGUCACUCACUCCACAAAGCCUCCCCACCCCUACCCCCCUGAUGUUUACCUCAUAAAUUGAACUCUCUUUGUUGGUUGAUUGCAUCGCCACAGGGACUGCAGGGCUUACUACAUUUAUGCAUUAAUGCAACCAAAUGACAGGACUUUUAUAUAAAUGUUCUCUUUUGCCAAUUAAACCCAGUAUUAUUGAUUUGCUUUAUUUAUCAUUAUGUGGUGCAAUUGUUAUUUAUAGUUGCGUAUUUUACACACAAGGUGAGCAGUCAUCUGCUUAUGAACUCAUAUUUAGAUACACAAAAUGGGAAAUGGAGUAAAAAUGGCUGCUGGCACCGUACAGUGUGCACAGCUAUAGUCCGCAAGGAUUUUAGGAGGAAAGGGCUUUGACUGUCUGUUGUAGUACAAAGAGGAGUUUCAGGGCUCUUUUAUAAGAAACUCAUCUGUUUACUAUCUCAUUGUUGAUCCACAAUAUAUUGUCAGGAUAAUUGUUUACAAUUUGUGCAUUUGCAAUAAAAGUAACUUAUAUAUGCCUUUUGUUGCACCAAUAAAAGUUUACAACAA